AUGCCAAUAGAGUCACAAUAUGAACCGAUCCAGAUCCCAGAUGGGGACCUCUGGGACUUCAUUUUUGAGAAUGAAAGAAGACAGUUUCCAGGAGAAAAGCCGAUAUACAUACACGCCCAAACCAAACGACAAUAUACGUGGUCAGACACCAAAGCCGCUGCCUUGGAGUUCGGCGCAGCUCUCCAAAGGCUGUGGGACUGGAAGAAGGGAGAUGUGCUAGGGUUGUUUUCUCCAAAUUGCAUCGACUCUCCGGCCAUCAUACUCGGUGCCCUAUGGGCAGGCGGAACGGUAUCUCCCGCUAACCCGUCUUACAUGGUGGAUGAACUCGCCUUUCAGCUUAAAGACUCCCGUGCAAAGGCCUUGGUGACGCAGUUGGCCUGUCUCGAAGUGGCUACAAAGGCAGCCCAGAUCGCCGGAAUCCCCAAAGACCGCAUCAUCUUGAUUGGGGAUUUGUCAGAUACCACAAGCAAAUUCAAACACUUUUCCCUGUACAACGACAUGCGUUUUGAAGGACCUAUGUGCCAGAAGCCGCUUAUCGACGCGAAAACGGAUCUUGGCCUGCUUGCGUACUCAUCGGGGACCACUGGUCGCCCGAAAGCUGUCAUGUUGUCCCACGAAAACCUGGUUGCAAACUUGUUGCAGAUAGAGGCUACCGAUGAAGGAAAUCUAAAGCCCACUGGUGGUGAUGAUAAUCACGGAGACAAAAUCCUCGCAACAGUUCCGUAUUUCCAUGUGUACGGCUUCGCCCUUCUUAUCCUGACACCUGCAUACAGAGGAAUCACAACUGUUGUCAUGAGCAAGUAUGAUCAGAAAGAAUUCCUCGAUGCAGUGCAAUCCUUCCGCCCUACAUAUGCUACACUAGUGCCUCCAAUCAUCUUGCAACUUGCAAAAUCCCCCCUCGUUGACGCAUAUGAUAUCAGUUCCUUGAAAAUGGUCAUGUGUGGUGCCGCACCGCUCACUAGGGAGCUGAUAGAGGAGCUUUAUCAAAAGCAUACCCUCCCUGUGCGACAAGUAUAUGGCCUCAGUGAGACAAGUCCCGUGGCUUUAGUUCAGCGCUGGCAUAACUGCCGUGAGAGACCUGGCUCUGCGGGUACGCUUCCUCCCAACAUGCGAGCAAGGUUCUGUGACGAAGAGGGCAUCGAAAUUUCACCCGGCCAAACAGGAGAGCUGUAUCUCCAAGGGCCUAAUGUAUUCCUUGGCUAUCUGAACAACCAAAAGGAAACAUUAACAUGUCUGGAUGAGAAUGGCUGGUUCAGAACAGGCGAUAUAGGUCAUGUGGAUCAAGAUGGAAACUUCUACAUUACUGACCGCGCCAAAGAACUCAUCAAGUACAACGGCUUUCAGGUGGCUCCGGCGGAGCUCGAAGGUCUCCUUCUCGACCACCCAAAUAUUCUUGAUGCUGCAGUCAUUGGCGUUUAUUCAAAAGAGCAUGUCAGCGAAUUGCCUCGUGCGUACAUUGUUCUAGCUCCCGGCGCGGGGAAGACCCAUGAUGAAGCACAGAACAUAGCUUUGUGGCUCCAGAAGCGAGUGGCUCCACACAAAAGGCUCAGGGGUGGUGUUCGUUUCGUUGAUGAAAUCCCGAGAAACCCUUCAGGGAAGAUUUUACGGCGAAUGAUUCGUGCGCGUCUCAAUGGAAGUCGAAGUUCGAUGGAUGGAACGACAGGGGCAAAACUAUAG